GCACACAGUACAAUGUCGAAUUUUUUCGCCAGUUUUCAGUAGUUACAAAUGCUUUGGAUAAUGUUGCUGCUCGAAGCCACGUUAAUAGAAUGUGCUUGGCUGCUGACAUUCCGCUUAUUGAAAGUGGAACUUCUGGAUAUGUAGGACAAGUAACAGUUUAUAAAAAAAAAAUAACAGAAUGUUUUGAAUGCUUGCCAAGAAAACCACAAAAAACAUACCCUGGUUGCACAAUACGAAACACUCCUUCAGAACCUGUACACUGUGUUGUCUGGGCUAAGCAUUUAUUUAACCAACUUUUUGGAAUAACUGAUGCCGAUGAAGAAGUUUCUCCCGAUGUUGCAGAUUCUGAGUUAGAUGGCUCUUCUUUACCAAAUGAAUUGGGAAAUGUUAAUAGAGUUUCUACAAGGGAAUGGGCAAAAUCAACAAAUUGACCUGUGAAACUUUUCACUAAGUUAUUUUCAGAGGACAUCAUCUACCUCAAUAAAAUGAAUGACCUGUGGAAGAAACGAAGCCGUCCAAAAGCAUUAAAUUGGAAUGAUUUGCCUGAUGCAGUUCCGGGGAGCAGCAGACAGGAAGAUGCUCGUAUUAAAGACCAGAUGUUAUGGAGUACUAAACAGUGUGCUGAAAUAUUUAAAAGCAGUUUAACUGUUCUAAGAAAAAGGGCAGAAGAAGCUGGGGAAAAUGAAGUCUUAACUUGGGAUAAGGAUGAUGAACAUUGUAUGGAUUUUGUGGCAUCAUGUUCAAAUUUACGUGCAUAUUGCUUCCAUAUACCACAACAAAGCAAAUUUGACAUUAAGGCUAUUGCUGGUAAUAUUGUUCCUGCCAUAGCUACAACCAAUGCAGUCGUUGCUGGCUUAAUUGUUCUGCAAGUAAUGAAAGUUUUAAAAGGAGACAUUUCUAAGUGCCGAACAGCUUUUAUUAGUGAAAGUUUUUCUGCAAGCAAGAAAAUAAUAUCUUCUGCUCAGUUGGAGAAACCCAACAGCAAUUGUUUUGUUUGUUCACCCAAAACACCAGAGGUCUCUAUCAAAUUGAAUGUGCAGACCCUCACAGUAAAGACUUUAGAGGAAAAGGUUAUAAAAGAAAAGUUGCAUAUGGUUCAACCUGAUGUGGUUAUAAAUGAUGGAUCAGGCAAAAUUCUAGUCUCCAGUGAUCCUGAAGAUAUGCAAGAAGAGAUUAUGGGAAAACCACUGUCAGACUUUGGGAUCACUUCCGAAACUCGGCUGUUAUGUGAAGAUUUCUUCCAGUGUUACAAAAUUCUUCUCAUUAUUCAACCAACGUCAGAAUUAACUGGUCAAGAAUUUGAAUUUGAAACAGAUGUUGAAGAUCUGAAGCCAGAGCCUUCUAAACAUGUGGACGAUGCAAGUCAGGCAAAGGAAGAUGGAGAUAUUGUCUUUGAAAAUGUUUCUGAUUCUGAAGAUGUCAUGAGAAAGGAAGGUGAAAUAACGGUAAUGUCUGGAAGUGAUGAUGAAAAUGGUUUGCAGCCGCCUACCAAAAAGACAAAGUUCAGCUCAGACUAAAUCACUGUGAGAAUUCUAAACUCAUGUACAUUUUCUUUGUCAUCUCAUAAUAAACUAAGCAUUUUUUUAAUAAUAUCAAUAAACAUCCUCUUUGUUAAUGC